AUGUCAGAAAAGAGAAAGACUCUCGAUGAUUUUUUUAAAAAACCAUCCAAAGUUUAUGCGAUGUCUAAUAAUUUGGUAGUUACAUCAUCAUCAUCUACUAGUUCUACACAAACAUCCAUGUCAGAAAUAAUUAGUUUAGCACCGUCUUGUUCUGUACCUAAUACUCCAAAUGUUUUUGAUCAAGUCAAUCAAAUGUGUUCAUCUAAAUCAGAAUCUGAAAAAAGUAUACUUGAUACACAUCGUGAUCCUGCAAAUCAUGCAUUAAAGUCUGUAUAUAGCUUAUUACUUAGUGAUUUUGGACCAUAUCAACCCAACGAUUGUGAUUUUCCAAAAACUAACGGUAGACAAUUUAGGAAACAGUGGUAUAAUACUCAUAGUUGGUUAGAAUAUAGUCCAACUAGCAAUUCGGCUUAUUGCUUUUACUGUAGAGUAUUCCCGUCUUUGAAUAACGAAGUUGCUUUUGUUUCAAAUGGUUUCAAAGCUUGGCAUAAAGCAACAAAAUCAUUUAUUUCUCACGAAAAAAGUAUAAAUCAUAUGGAGGCUGUCGCCAAAGUUGUUGGGUUCAAAACAAGCCGUUCUGUUGGUGAUGUAGCCUCCAAAAUCAACAGCCAUCAUAAAACCACUGUUACAAAAAAUAGGAACUAUCUGAAAUGUAUAAUAGAUACACUUUUAUACUGUGCACGGCAAGGAAUAUCCAUUCGUGGUCACGACGAAUCAGAUGAAUCUAAAAACAAAGGAAAUUUUCAUGAACUUCUUCAUCUUCGAGCCAAAGAUAACAAAUUACUUGAAGAUUCUAUUGCUGGUAACCAAAUAGGUUAUCGAUAUGUAAGUGGUACUCAUUCUAAUGAACUUUUAUCUAUUAUGGCAAAACAAGUUCAAAGAAAUAUUGUAAAUGACAUCAAAAAAGCUAAAUUAUUCAGCAUUUUAUUUGAUGAGACUCAAGACUUAUCUAGACAUGAGCAAGUAUCGUUUAUUGUGCGGUAUGUAGAUGAUAUGUUUCAACCACAUGAAGUUUUCUUAGGUUUCUACAAAACCAAUAAAACUGACAGUGAAACGCUCACCAAUUUAAUUAAAGAAGUACUUUCAAAAAAUGAUUUGAAAAUAGAAAACAUUCGUGGCCAGUGCUAUGAUGGUGCUGCUGCUAUGAGAGGAUCAUAUACGGGAGUCCAGGCUAGGAUACGACAAGAAAAUCAAACUGCCUUAUAUGUACAUUGUUAUGCACAUAUUUUGAACUUAUGUUUAGUUGACUUGACUAAACAAGUUUCGUUUGUCAGAAAUAUGUUUGGCGCUAUGCAAAGCUUACAUAAUUUUAUCCGUGCAUCUUCAAAACGACAUGCUGUGUUUGAAUCAACAUUGCUGGAAUUCUCGAAAAAAAGUGGUCCGUCAACAUUGAAGAGUUUAAGUGAUACCAGGUGGAGUUGUAGAGCUAAAGCAUUAAAUUCAAUUUUAUUAAAUUAUGAAGUGAUAAUCAAAACACUCGAAGAAAUAUCCGAAACUGAUAUUUCAUGUGGUCCUGAAGGUACUUCAUUAUUAAAAAAUAUUUGUGACUUUGAAUUUGUGUUUUGUUUGGUAUUUUUGAAAGAUGUUAUGACUCAUACAAAUAUAUUAUCUAAAUAUCUACAGUCUAUAAACAUGAAUUAUGCUGCUGUUAUUAGUAUGUCAACUCAAAUUAUAAAUAUUUUUAAAGAAAUGCGAUCAGAUAAAAAGUUUGAUGAAAUGUGGGAUAAAGUAAUUGAANGAAAUUUAUAUUCUGAAUCAAUACCUUUAAAUGGAUUUUUACAAAACUCAGAAAUAGUUUCUAAUGAUUUUAGAAUUUUAGAAUCUGUACAACUAACUAAUACUUUUGUUUCAAUCUGCAUAGCAAUAGUUUUAGUUAUAAGCUCUGUAAUGUCAACUUGCAGUUCAAUAGCUUGUUUUCUAGAAAGAUUGAGUUUUCCGUAG